UCUGCAUGAUCUAUCCCUUACCUGACAUACCUAUCUACAUGUUCGUCACCUAUAACGCUGCCUUAGCUUGAAAACCGCUCUGUUUCUCCUCUGCAUUUUCCUUUCCCGUCCGCGGCGCCCUCGAGUACCACUAUAGAAACCAUAAUAACCUGUAUCUAAAAUCACUGCUUCAUGCUACAACUUCGGCCCCGCUACCUCUUUAAAUUUAUAGUAGAGCUUCCCUGACUACGAUACAAGUUGUUUCCUGGCAGCAAACAACAACUGUAAGCAAGUACAUGAUAUAUGAUUGUUACAGGCGUUGCGCUGGCGGCAUGCGCGGCGCUGACACACACUGCUAUCGACUCGACGCGCAAGUAUGCUGCAAGCGUCAUUGGCAUUCCGUCGGACGGCUUGGUCACCGUCCCUGCGAUCCUAGAUAUGAUUCUGUCAUGCGCCGGUGUAUCCAUAACCGGCAGUUGGAGGGGCACUAUGAAGCAUCCGACACGCUUCGCGAUAGCCACUAUCAGCUCGUCGUUGCUGCUUCUCGUAUCUCGAUACAUGUAUCAGCGAGCAAUUCAGAUCUCUCCCCUUAGCCUGACAAUUCCAUACCUUGCAUUCACUCCAGCCAUCCUCAUCGCCACGGCCUACGUCUUCCUCGGCGAGCUCCCAAGCCCCGCUGGCGUGCUGGGUGUCUCUGUGGUGGCGCUCGGGGGCUACCUGCUCAACAUCAAAGCCGGCGGAGCAGGUGGCGGCGCCAGCGCGGGAGGCGGCGGCAGCCCCGUGUCCGGACCUGGCGGCGCCGUAGCCAUCAGCAGGGCCAUCAGUGAAACCGGCGUCCCCUCCUCGGCCGCCAGCUCAACCCCAGGCAGCACCGCUGCACUAGGCUCCCUAGCUUACAGUCCAGCGGUUGCAGCUGCGGCGGCUGGUCAGUUACCCGGCGUUGUGGCCGGGUGUGGGGUGCUGCUGCAGCGGUCGGCCUCCAGCAGCACGGUGGCGGAUGUGGAGGCGGCGGCGGGUGGGGCGGUGGGCGGCGCGGCGCUGCUGGGCGGGGCCAGCAAGCGGGGCGGCAAGCUGCUGCUGGGGACGCCGCAGCCCCGGCGGGCGGCGAGUGCAGUGGACCUGCUGCGGCAGCCGCCCGCCAUGGCGUGGCAGUGGCAGCAGGAGCCGGGGACAGUGCUCAUGAUAGGAGUGGCCAUCAUCUGGUCGGUCACCGCCUCGCUGGACAAGCUGGGGGUGAUCACCGGCCCCUCCAUCUGGGUCUACUUUGCGGCGCAGCGACUGGCCAUCGGCACCGCCUCCCUCGCCUACAUCUUGGCCGUGCAGCCUCGUCUUCUGCUGUUGCUCCGAGACCACUUCGGACUCAUGCUGGGGAUAUCGGCGUUGGAGCUGGCGGCCGUGUUGCUGUUUUUGUUAGCCGUACGACACCUCCUUGUGUCGUACGUUGUUGCGAUAAAGCGUUGCAACGUGUUAUUCAGCGUGGUGCUUGGGGCGCUGGUGUUUCGGGAGAGCGUGCGCAGUCGGCUGCCGUACGUGUUCCUGAUGAUGCUGGGCAUGACGCUGAUUGUGCUUGAGCCGGGGGGGCACAGCUUCGUGCACAGCCAUACCUAGGGUGGCACCCUGGGCUCGAGCUGUCCGGACGGCUGAGAGGAGCUAAACCCUUGUGGGAGGGUUGCUGUAAUGGACCGCGCAGGCUGACACGGCAUGGCUGCCGUACCGUUCGAACUGGUCUUGUUGGACGCCUGAUGGCGGACAUGGGCAGCAGGCGGGAUGAGGUGCACGGUUGCAUGUAGUGCCCAUGCGGAGUGAUGGGGGCAUGCUGUUUGGAGAAGGGGAAGAAGACUGAGUGCAUUGGGCCUGAGGGAAUUGGCAGGCUGCAUGGUAGAGCAGAGCGGUGCGUGUUCAUACGCGGUGACCCCAUUUAUGAGGGCCCCAUUUAUGGUGACAUUAAAUGGCCUCAGCUGUCGGGGCUACAAACGGCAUGCCAGGGUGGUAUCACUGCUCCUAGGCUGGGAGGUUGUAAUGGAA